AUGGAGAGAGGAGGAACCAAUUGUAAUAAUAAUAGUGGUGUUACUUAUAGUGGUCUGAUGAUGGGGUUUGGGAACAACACUAGUAGAACUGGGAGUAGUAAGGCACAGUUUCUUUCUCUACCUUUGAUGUUGGGUUGCGGCCAUCCAAACUUGCAAAGUGAUCAUCAGACGACUGAUCAGGAGAUGAUGGUUAGUUGCAGCGAUAGAAUGAAAGCCAAGAUUAUGGCUCAUCCUCUCUUCCCUCGUCUCUUGGCCUCCUAUGUCAGUUGCCAAAAGGUUGGGGCACCUCCUGAAGUGGUGGCUAGGUUAGAGCAGGCCUGCAGUGCUGCUGUUCACAAUUCUGAGGCAGCAUGUUUAGGAGGAGGAGAUCCAGACCCAGCGCUGGACCAGUUCAUGGAGGCCUACUGCGAAAUGCUGACUAAGUACGAGGAAGAGCUCACAAAACCCUUCAAAGAAGCCAUGCUUUUCCUCUCCAAAAUCGACUCCCAGCUCCAAGCUCUCACAGUUCAUUCUUCCUCAGAUUCUGCUAGUAGUGAUGAUAAUAUUGUUGGGAGAAGUGGGUCUCCAGAAGAGGUUGAUGCCACCAAGAAUGAGAGUUGCAUAGACCCUCGAGCUGAAGAUAGGGAAAUCAAAGCUAAGCUUUUGCACAAAUACACUGGAUAUCUGGGCAGCCUCAAGCAGGAGUUUAUGAAGAAGAAAAAGAAUGGAAAGUUGCCGAAGGAAGCCCGGCAUCAGUUGCUUGACUGGUGGAGCAGACACUACAAGUGGCCCUAUCCAUCGGAAGCUCAGAAGCUAACACUGGCAGAGUCUACUGGUCUGGAUCUGAAGCAGAUAAAUAACUGGUUCAUCAAUCAGAGGAAAACGCCAUUGGAAGCCUUCAGAGGAUAUUCAAUUUGCUGUGAUGGAUCCAACUCAUCCUCAUCAUCAUCCCCACUUCUACAUGGACAACAAUCUCACCUUCCCCAUGAACAGCGCAUCUACCCUCCUUUGAUAUUAUCACUUGGCUUAAAUGCAUCAUCAUUUAGAAUUUUAGCUUGGCCAAGCAUGGUUUUGGUCCAGUGGUAUGCCAGCAUUUGCACAACGGGAACAAAGCACACACAAAAGACAUUGAAACAAGCUGUCUUCUCUUUCUACGAUAUCACACACUUGGUUGUGGCUGGCUAUAAUCCCAUCUAUUUUCACACCAAGACAUGUGGCAGAGGGUGGAUGAGAGUUAGAACGAGAAGCUUCAGAUCUAGGAAUUUAUUCCCCGUCGGAUUUUCGAUGUUCUCCCGUGCCUUGGCAUACCAUGAUGCUCUUCUCUCCUAUUGGCAAUUAUGGUUGUCUCUGUUAUGGAUCUGGAUAGCUAUGGUUGUGCAUCAUUUUGUAGAGAAAAGUGUUGCUGCUCCUUUAGUCGGUGUUGUUUGGUUUCUUAUAUUUGGUGUAGUUUGUUAUUAA